CAGAUGGUGCUCCUCUGAGUGGGCUGUCGUGGCCGUCGUCUCUGGCUGUGGUGGCUGUUUCCUUGUCUGGUCUCUUCACCUUUGUCUUCCUCAUGCUGGCCUGCCUCUGCUGCAAGAAGGGACACAUCGGCUUUAAGGAGUUUGAGAAUGCCGAGGGGGAGGAGUACCAGGCGGACCUGUCCACCCUGGCAUCCCCUGCAUCCCAGAGCGGACCUGAUGUUUACAUCCUGCCCCUGACUGAGGUGUCACUCCCCAUGGCCAAACAACCAGGACGAUCAGUCCAACUCCUGAAGUCCACAGAACUCGGUCGCCACAGUCUUCUCUACUUGAAGGAGAUCGGCGAUGGCUGGUUCGGAAAGGUUCUCCUGGGGGAGGUGAAUGCGGGUCUCAGCACCACCCAGGUGGUGGUUAAAGAGCUAAAGGCCAGUGCCAGUGUUCAGGACCAGAUGCACUUCCUGGAAGAGGCCCAGCCAUACCGUGCCCUCCAGCACCCAGCCCUCCUGCAGUGCCUGGCGCAGUGCACUGAGGUCACCCCUUACCUGCUGGUCAUGGAGUUCUGCCCUUUGGGUGAUGUGAAAGGGUACAUGCGGAGCUGUCGGACUGCAGACACAAUGACCCCUGAUCCCCUGAUACUGCAGAGGAUGGCCUGUGAGAUUGCCUCAGGACUCCUGCACCUACACAAACACAACUUCGUACACAGUGACUUGGCCCUGAGAAACUGCCUUUUGACCGCUGACGUCACAGUGAAGAUUGGAGACUACGGCUUGUCACACAAUAAGUACAAAGAUGACUACUUUGUGACGUCAGACCAGAUGUACGUGCCACUGCGUUGGAUCGCUCCAGAACUCAUAGAUGAAGUCCAUGGCAACCUACUGGUAGUAGGCCAGAGCAAACAGAGCAACGUCUGGUCUCUGGGUGUGACUAUCUGGGAGUUGUUUGAGUUGGGCAACCAGCCGUACAGACACUAUUCUGACAGACAGGUCCUGACGUACGCUGUGAGGGAACAGCAGCUCCGACUGCCCAAGCCCCUGCUCAAUAUACCCCUGGCAGAGCGCUGGUAUGAGGUGAUGCAGUUCUGCUGGCUCCAACCAGACCAGAGGCCCAAUGCAGAGGAGGUCCACCUGUUACUCAGCUACCUGUGUGCUAAGGGGGCCAACGAGGCCGAGGAGGACUUUGAGAGGCGCUGGAACUCCCUGCGUCCCAACCCCAACGCUGGCCCCAACAACAGCCUCCACCAUGGGGCAGGAGCCCUGGCCAUUGACCUUCCCUCCUCCUCCUUCCCCCUGCUGGAGCAGUUCUCUGGAUGCGACGGCUACCACAGUGAGUCAGGAGAUGAUAUACUGACCGUGACCGAGACCAGCCACGGCCUGAACUUCGAGUACAAGUGGGAGAAGGCUCGGGCGGGGGCGGAGCAGCCUUACCACUGUGCUGCCUUGUCCUCCAGCGGUACCCUGGGGGCCGUCAACUACCACCGCCAGGACCUGUACUACCCCCCUGGGCCAGGGGGCAUGGUGGGGGGCUGUGGUGGGGUGGCCUACUACGAGCCCAAGAUGCUGCAUGGUUCUGGGGUCGGGGUGGUGCCGGUGCUCAGCGCCUGUAGUCCUUCAGUGAGCGCUGAGUACUACGUCCGCAUGGAGGAGCCUGGUGUGGACUGUCACAUCAACAUGGACCUGGACUACACCAUGUGCUCCUACAGCCCAGACUACCAGGGCAGCAACGGGAGCUUCCUGACAGGCAGUGGCAGUGCAGACUCAGGGGAGUGUAUUAUGGGGAUGGGUGCAUGUCCCUCCCAGACCCACUCCAAGCCUGUGGACUCGUACUGGUCGGCAGACAUUCGUAAAGCUGGGCGUGGUGGAGCGUAUGACUCGGACCCAGAUGGAAGCCCGGCCAUCUCCCUGACCAUGGAACCCCUGCUGGGGCAAGUCUCUGACUCCAGCCCCCUGAGACCCUGGGAGGCUGGUCAUUACGUCUCCUACAAGGACCGGGAUGGGGGCUUCUACUACGAACACUCACCCCCUAUGGGCAUAGGCCACCACAUGGGUCUGGGUCUGGACCAUCACCAGCACUACCUGAUGGGGCGGGAACACUCUCCCCCUGAGCCCCACCAGGAGAGCUGGGGGUCCCGGAGCCUGCGUCAGGCCCUGGGGGAACUGGAAAACCCUCUGGGGAUAUCUCCCUCCAUCAGUACCCCUCCCCAGGGUGGUGGUCCUCCUUUUGGAGUAGGGGACCCCUACCUGGAGACGACCGAGGGACCAGGCUCCAUCAUUGGGGGGAGUAGCGUCACUGGGGGUUACUAUGACAUGAUGGGUUCUCUGAGGAAAACCAUGCCGACCAUGCCAGGCCACACCCACUCAGUCAGCAUCACCAUGGCGUCGGAAGACUCGGACGAGGAAGAGGAUAUAUUCUCAGAGAGGCAGAGAAUCAACAGUAGUAACACCUGGCCCUCUAAUCUCUCUAACCAUUGCACUAACAACAACAGUCUAGGACUGGGCCGUAGUAGACAGGCUGGCUGUAGGCAACAACAGGAUGCCUAUGUAGACUUCCUCUACACUAUGCCCACUACCGACAUAGAGGACUCGUGGCCUGAGGAGCACAACCUGACCUUCCGCUCCUCUGUCUCUGCUGCAGUUAAACCCAUAGACUGCCUGGAGGCUACGGCGGCUUCGGCUAAAGACAGCAGCUGUCUAUCCCUGGGGAAGCAUCAUACCCUGAUACCCUCCGACGACACCUACAACACCUACAUCUAUCUGUGCCAUGAGAAGGAGGGGGAGAGGGAGGUGAAGCCACCACCAAUCGAGUGCUGCCACUCUCAUUUCGUCGACCCCCUUACAGGCCUAGUGGUGCGAAACUACACCUGUGAUGGCUACAGAGAUCAGAUUGUAGAGAUGCUCAACAAUGAGGAAGAGAGUGUGAAUCUGUCUCCAGCACCGGGAGGGCCUAGUGUGUCUAAAUCAACCCUGACACACAACACUAACACAACCACAACCGUAACCAACCUUGACCACCCUGAGCAGUAUGUUGACAUCACUAUGGACGAUACCCUUUCCAUAGACCACAAGCAAGAGGUUGUCACAGAAGACAAAGGGGUUCUCACUGAUCCUAAACCAGAGGACAUGACAAUGGCUGCCCCACUUCCCUCAGUGAAUGUGCCUGGCCUAGUCUGCUUGGUUGAGCCAGAGUCAGAGCUGAGCCAUACGUUAGACAGCGGUCUGGACAGAGACCACUGCUCCAGCAUCAGUCUAGUGGACAUCUCCGACUGCUAUACCGACGACGAUGAUGAAGACGAUGACAUUACUGACGUGACCUCAGGGAUCUUUCCUGACGAGGUGUCGGCCGGGGACCUUAAAGCCUCCCCCUCCUUGGCCGGUCCCCUCAAGUCCCUGCAGAAGGAUUCCAUGGACUUGAUGCCUUUAGCGGCCAGCUCCACCACAGAGCCAUUCAGCCCUGCCUCCAGCUCCUCCCACCCAUCUAGUUCCUCCCCCAAGGCAAUGGAUAGCGGGUACGACACAGAGAAUAACGAGAGCCCAGAGUUCGUCCCCAAGGAGCCCCACAAUGAGCCCCGGGACCCAAAGACAUUCACCCAGCCACUUGGGGAGUCUGUCCUGGACACCAGCCUGGAUGAAGAGGGGGAGGAGGGGGGAGAGGAGGCCGAAGUGGCCCCACCGGAGGAUGAGGAUGAACCUACCCUGGAUGAAGAUGUGACUCUAGCAGCCUCACAGACCACAGACAAAGAGAAGGAGCUGGCCCCCCUCAGUGAGAAGAACCCUUACAGGGACUCUGCCUACUUUUCUGACUAUGAGAAUGAGCGCCUUUCCAGGGAUGAUGAGGAUGAGAAAGUGGGGGGUGAUGAAAAUGUAGGAGUGGAGGAGGGAGAAAAGGAGGAGAGCCUGACAAGGAAGAGGGAACUCAGCCCUCUCCGUAUAGAAGAGGAGGGAGAGGGGGAGAUGAGCCUGACAGAGAAGAGGGAACUAAGCCCUCUUCAUAUAGAGGAAGAGGAGGAGGGAGAGGGGGAGGUGAGCCUGAAAGAGAAGAGGGAACUCAGCCCUCUUCAUAUAGAGGAAGAGGAGGAGGGAGAGGGGGAGGUGAGCCUGACAGAGAAGAGGGAACUCAGCCCUCUUCAUAUAGAGGAAGAGGAGGAGAGUCUGACAGAGAGGGAGCUCAGCCCUCUUCAUAUAGAGGAAGAGGAGGAGAGUCUGACAGAGAGGGAGCUCAGCCCUCUUCAUAUAGAGGAAGAGGAGGAGGGAGAUGAGACCUCAGCUCUUCUGGAGGAGAGUGAAGACCCAGAGAUGGAGGGUUGCCUGGCAGAAGAGUGCCACCAUGAUGAAGGGCUGGAGCUGGGGCUAGAAUUGGCCUCCAAUAUCUCUGGAGAAGUAGAGGAAGGGUCAGAGGGAUGGCCUGCCCAGGAGGAGCCCUCUUCACUGGGAGACUGGGCAGCAGAGGUGGUGGGGGCUAUGGAAGAAGCCCUGGGGGAACUCCAGAGGAGCAGCAGUACUGAAACCAACUCUGGUACCAAGGAGGAGGAGGAAGAGGAAGGAGAGCGAAGAGACAUGGAGGACUCAUCUGAAGCCUUAGAAUUAGCAGAUGUCCUAGAAGAAGCAUCUUCCGAAAGGUCAGAGAGCAUUGACAAGGACGAUGAUGAUGAAGAGAACGGACCUCCCGCACGACGUCAACGCUUCUCCUCCUCCUCCCCUCCCUCCAUUCCUCCUCCUCCUCUCCCCCCGAUGACUCCUCCUCCGGUCCGGGUGUCGCUCACAGACGGGGGGGAGGCGGAUGAGGAGGACGGAGAUGGUGACUCGGAUGACAGUGAGUCAGAUGAGGAGCUGAGGUGUUACAGUGUUCAAGAGGAGCAGAGUGGAGGGGAGGAGAGCGGGGAGGAGAACCAUGUGGUACCCAUCGUGGUCAGCGACUGUAGCGAUGCUCAUAACCUACGUAGUCUACUGAAGGUGCCUACGACGCUCACCUCAGAGUCGCUCGCUGAUGACCUGCUGGGACGAAAGAAGAAGGUGGUGUCCUUCUUUGAUGAUGUCACUGUUUACUUGUUUGACCAGCAGAGCCCAACUAAAGAGCUGGCUGAGCAUGGUUUCCCUCCAGAAGCUGAGACCAGCGGGCAGGGUUCAGAGAGCAAACAACCAACCUCUGAUGACUCCUCAGACGGAAACAUCUCAGAAGAGAGUGCAGGGUAUGAGUGGGAGGAUGACUUCCCCUUGUUGCCCCUCCCGACUUCCUCAUCCAAGAUGGCUGCCUCCUCCUCAGCCUCAACCCCCUCCACACCCAGCCUGCCCCCCACCUCCAAGGCCCCGGAGCCCAAACCAGCGGUGCAGUACUCCCGCUUCACCGUUUCCCCUAGCCAUGUGUCUCGCUUCUCCAUCACACACGUCUCCGACUCCGACAUAGACUCUGGUCCAGGGAGCAGUGAGGAUGGGGACAGAGAGUAGACAGCCACCCAGGAGCUGCACCACAUAAACUUAUCGUGACUUUUAUGUAGAGCUUUUUGGACAUCAGGUUUCUGAAAAGACAGUGCCUCUUAUUGUUUAUGGUGUGGAAGAAGAGGGGAAAAGAGAAUCAACUCUUAUGAGAAUAUAUAAAAUAAUAUAUGAUAAUACAGUUGAAAUUGGAAGUUUACAUACACCUCAGCCAAAUACAGCUUUUCACAAUUCCUUACAUUUAAUCCUAGUAAAAAUUCCCUGUCUUAGGUCAGUUAGGAUCACCACUUAAUUUUAAGAAUGUCAAAUGUCAGAUUAAUACUAGAGAGAAUGAUUUAUUUCAGCCUUUAUUUCUUUCAUCACAUUCCCAGUGGGUCAGAAGUUUACAUACACUCAAUUAGUAUUUGGUAGCAUUGCCUUUAAAUUGUUUCACUUGGGUCAAACGUUUUGGGUAGCCUUCCACAAGCUUCCCACAAUAAGUUGGGUGGAUUUUGGCCCAUUCCUCCUGACAGGGCUGGUGUAACUGUAUCAGGUUUGAAGGCCUCCUUGCUCACACAUGCUUUUUCAGUUCUGCCCACAAAUUUUCUAUAGGAUUGAGGUCAGGGCUUUGUGAUAACCACUCCAAUACCUUUACUUUGUUGUCCUUAAGCCAUUUUGCCACAUCUUUGGAAGUAUGCUUGGGGUCAUUGUCCAUUUGGAAGACCCAUUUGCGACCAAGCUUUAAUUUCCUGACUGGUGUCUUGAGAUGUUGCUUCAAUAUAUCCACAUAAGUUUCCUCCCUGAUGAUGUCAUCUAUUUUGUGAAGUGCACCAGUCCCUCCUGCAGCAAAGUACCCCCCGAACAUGAUGCUGCCACCCCCGUGCUUCACAGUUGGGAUGGUGUUCUUCGGCUUGCAAGGAAGUGGUUCCGUUCAUCACAAAGCCCUGACCUCAAUCCUAUAGAAAAUUUGUGGGCAGAACUGGAAAAGCAUGUGCGAGCAUGGAGGCCUACAAACCUGACUCAGUUACACCAGCCCUGUCAGGAGGAAUGAGGCAAUAUUCACCCAACGUAUUGUGGGAAGCUUGUGAAAGGCUACCUGAAACGUUUGACCCAGGUUAAACAAUUUAAAGGCAAUGCUACCAAAUACUAAUUGAGUGUAUGUAAACUACUGACACACUGGGAAUGUGAUGAAAGAAAUAAAAACUGAAAUAAAUCAUUCUCUCUCUACAAUUUUUCUGAUUUAUUCACAUUCUUAAAAUAAAGUGGUGAUCCUAACUAACCUAAGACAGGGAAUUUUUACUAGGAUUAAGUCAGGAAUUGUGACAAAAACUUAGUUUAAAUGUAUUUGGCUAAGGUGUAUGUAUACUUCCUACUUCAAUUGUAAAUACACAGAGUAAUAUAUGUUACAAAGAACUUAUAUGCAGGUAAAGACUUUUAUGUUGCGUUCAACAUAUUUUUUGAGCGACAACACAAAUCUAUGGACGAACUUUGGAACGUUGUUUGCCACCAUAGUCAUCAUUCAUUUACAGUAUGUUAUGGAGAGCAAAAAACAUGGGUAUCUAAACAGGACACACCGUGUACCCCACUCAGAGGAGGAGGGAGUGACAAAAAUGGAGGAAAGGACAGAAUCCAGGCUUUUCACUGAAGGAUCGGUGUUGGAAAGUGACCAACAACAUAUCUUGGAGACAUUGCUUCACCUGUCCUCUUCAAAUAUAAAUGAAAUUGCACAUGUAAUAUAAUAACGUUACAUGUUUCCAAACACUUUUACAUCCAUUGAAGAGAAUAAUGGGACACCUAAGUGUAUGUGAAGGAAUGGAGCUAUUGAACAAGGCAGAAAGUUGUUGCCUUGAAAUGACUGUAUUAGCAGAGAUGAUCAAUGCUGCAUUUAGUGACUCCAGAGUUUCCUAUAAGGAGUAGGACCACCACUGUAUUGUACUGUAUGUAUCGCCCUUUUGAUUCCCACCAAUCAGAAUUCCAGAGUCACUAUUCUUCUCCCUCUGUCUGUGUGGGUCACUAUUCCCCUCCCUCUGAAUGCCUAGGGUGUAAUCAUUAGUGCACACCGUAGCAAACAGUUGCAAAACGUUUUGCGCCGGAAAACAAAUUCAGGUAUGUCCUUCCCCUGUUGGUUCCGUUUGCUUCCGUUUUGGUUCGAGUGAAUCCACCUCUGCUUUUACAUACAUCCCUGGACUUAUUGUGAGAAUCCAUCAAGUCAGUUUCGAGGCAAUAUCAUUCAGAUGACUUUUAAUAAAUGCUGUACUUCUUUUUUAGGAUUUUGGAUCCACGUGCUUUGCAGCAGGUAGUGUGGGUAAAUCACAGCAUAUGUUGGCUUCUGUGUUGAGCUGCACGUCAUCACAUGCUGUGUAAUAGGUCUCCUUGUCUUGAGGUGAAGAUUCUUUGUUAAAUUAUCAAAGAACUUGUACAUUUCCGAUUCUGAAAAUCGUACUGCAGUAUAAGAACAGCAAGCUUACAAAUACACAGAUAAACUUACAGAUACAGUAGCAUAUCAUUUUUAUAGAACACCUUUGAUGAAAUUAUCACUUUUAAGAAAUAGGAAACCUAAAAAUGAAACUUAAAGAAUGGAAUAACAAACAAAUUAUUUUCAAGUGGCUCAAGUGGCUUCGGUAACAUGUUGAAGAUGAAAUAAUCCAAUGACUAUUGGAAGAGCACAGAACUGAGUACUUGUUCAGUGUUAACAUAUUGUUUAUGUUCAGCUGUGUGGUGGUCAAGGGUUUGGUGAUGCUACAUGGGUUUGUCGUUGUGUAAUGUUUCACGGUUGUGUUCAUGAUUUUAACAAUGGAAGGUGCAUUUGGAAUUUAUGGACCUUACAUUGCUAUGUACAGUAUGUGAAAAUGUAUGUGCUAUAGAAAGGAAGACAGGUGGUUGUGGGUGUAACAUAGAAAGCAUUCCGUACAGUCAGGCUGGUAAGAUAAUGCAGUAUUACAUCAGUAUCACUGCAGCAUGGUCGCAGGUAUGUUUGUGCAGUCUUGCCUACCUCAAUCACCAUAGGUUGGCAAGACAGUACAAACAGAUCUGGGACCAGGCUAAUAUCAUUGUAGGCUUUAGCUUCAAAGAACCAGGGUGCCAAUUUAUUUCAACACCUAGAUAUAGAAUUACAUACAGUAGGUUCUAUUUCUAUGGUUCUCAGAUCCACUCUAGUCUCCAAGCAGUCAGUGUGUUUUGUUCUGUUUGUUUGCCUUUCUAGAGCUUUAAUAUUGUUCACUAGUAUAGUGUCUAUAGAUCUAUCUAGACCGCCGUCUGUGUAUGUACUAUUUUUAUAUCUCAAAAAAAGAAAGAAGAUAUCAAGAAAUGACCUGGAAGUGGGAGAUAAAAGGAGAUGUCUUUGUUUUAUUGUUGCCAAAGAGAUAUAUUUAAUGAAGUCAUGAGGCAAACAGCAACAGGAAUAUAUAUUUGAUCUAUAAUGUUUUAACCCUACAGAUGUAGGAUCUUAAUUUGAGACAGUUUGCUACAGCAGGAAAAUAAUCCCGCAGCAACAGGAAAUGUGAAUUUUGUGGGUUAUAAUUCAUGAACAUUUUUGUAGGGCUUGAUACAAUUUUCAAAGAGGAAAUUACAAACUUCCAAAGGCUUUUUAAACAUCAAAUACUCUACAAUUUUGAAACGCCCUGCAUUGUAGGAAAGUUCUCCUGCAACAGGGUGAUCAAAUUAAGAUCCUACAUCUGUAUAGCGAGACGAUAGCCUGGGUACCAGUCUGUUUGUGUCAUCAUGCCACUGUAAUGAUGACACAAACCAACUGGUACCCAGGCUAGUGAGACAAAGGGGGUAUUGUGAUAAGGAGCAACAUUUGGUAAUGCGCUGGUUGUGAUUUAAACGAGCAGGACUAGUUUAGGCAUGCUGUCAGUAAAUGUGCCCCACCCACACUCACUUACUGGUCACAUGGUUACUUUCUGUACCUUAUUAUGAAAUAUAAAUAAAGUCUGUUUUACACAAGGA